CAGGCAGGACUGGAGCGCCGGGCAGCCAGGAGGGAGCGUUGGGGGCCUUGGGGAAACGCACGCGGACAUAUCUCUCCCGGGGAUCCUGCGAGGCUCAGCCCGGGGACGAGGAUGCAUUGUGGGCUGCUGGAGGAGCCAGACAUGGAUUCCACAGAGAGUUGGAUUGAACGCUGUCUGAGCGAAAGCGACAGCAAGCGCUACUCGAGUCAUACCUCCUUAGGGAAUAUGUCCACCGAAGAAAAUGAAGAAAAGGAGAACAACAGAGCCUCGAAACGUCACUCAACUCCUGCUACUUUAGAGUGGCUGGAGGAGAACUACGAGAUGGCGGAGGGUGUGUGUAUCCCGCGCAGCGCCCUGUACAUGCACUACCUGGACUUCUGCGAGAAACACGACUCACAGCCCGUCAACGCUGCCAGCUUCGGCAAGAUAAUGCGUCAGCAGUUUCCGCACCUGACCACGCGCCGGCUCGGGACGAGGGGACAGUCAAAGUACCACUACUACGGCAUCGCGGUGAAGGAGAGCUCGCAGUACUACGACGUGAUGUACUCCAAGAAGGGCGCGGCCUGGGUCACGGAGACGGGCAAGAAGGAGGUGACCAAGCAGACAGUGGCCUAUUCACCGCGCUCCAAACUGGGCACGCUGCUGCCAGAGUUCCCAAAUGUCAAAGACCUAAAUCUGCCCCCCAGUCUGUCAGAGGAGAAGGUCUCCACCUUCAUCAUGAUGUACAGAACGCACUGUCAGAGGAUACUGGACACUGUUAUACGAGCAAACUUCGACGAGGUGCAGUGCUUCCUGCUCCACUUCUGGCAGGGCAUGCCUCCGCACAUGCUCCCGGUGCUGGGCUCCUCCACCGUGGUGAACAUCGUGGGGGUGUGCGACUCCAUCCUGUACAAGGCCAUCUCCGGGGUCCUAAUGCCCACCGUGCUGCAGGCCCUGCCCGACAGUUUGACGCAGGUGAUCCGGAAGUUUGCCAAACAGCUGGACGAGUGGCUGAAGGUGGCUCUACACGACCUGCCAGAGAACCUGCGGAACAUCAAGUUUGAGCUGUCGAGGAGAUUUUCGCAGAUUCUAAGACGGCAAACAUCUUUAAACCAUCUUUGUCAGGCCUCCCGAACUGUUAUCCACAGCGCGGACAUCACCUUCCAGAUGCUGGAGGACUGGAGGAACGUGGACCUGAACAGCAUCACCAAGCAAACGCUGUACACCAUGGAGGACUCGCGCGAAGAGCAGCGGAGGCUCAUUAUCCAGCUGUACCAGGAGUUUGACCGGCUGCUGGAAGAACAGUCUCCGAUUGAGGCCUACAUCGAGUGGCUGGACUCCAUGGUGGACCGCUGUGUGGUGAAGGUGUCGGGGAAGAGGGCUGGGUGCCUGAAGAAGCUGGCUCAGCAGUUUCUGCUCAUGUGGUCGUGUUUCGGCACCAGAGUGAUCCGGGACAUGACCCUGCACAGCGCCCCCAGCUUCGGGUCCUUUCACCUCAUCCACCUCAUGUUCGAUGACUACGUGCUGUACCUGCUGGAGUCUCUGCACUGCCAGGAGAGGGCCAACGAGCUCAUGAGGGCCAUGAGGGGAGACGCCAGCACAGCAGACAAGCCCGAGGAGAUGAUGCUGAUGCUGGAGGCCACGCCCCCGCCGGCGUCCCCGGUCCCCUACUCUCCCGCCAAGUCCGUCACGUCCGCGGUGGGCCCCGCCUCUCAGUCCCCUGGGGCCACGCAGUCACCUGACUACCCCGGCGUCACGGCAACCACAGGCGGCGUUCAGUCAUAUACCUGGUCCCUUACGUACACAGUGACGACGUCGGGAGCCACGCCCGGCGACGGAGGCCAGCAGCUGUCCUGCAUGCGCGGUGGCCCCGCCCCCCCCACCACCCCCGCCCCCAGGCUGCCCGUCUACACCCACCGGGAUGAGCACGGGUACACCGGCUACAACUACACCAGUUACUCCAACCAGCACCACACCCCCAUCCAGACCCAGUACCCCGCCCUGCACCAUGAGGCUGGAAUAACCGCCCCCCUCCACUACCCCGCCUACCACCGCUCCUCCCCCCAGUACCCGCUGAACAGCCAGAUGACCCGCAUGGACCCGUGUCUGAUGGGAGGCACGCCCCGGCUGCACCCCGCCCCGGUGGCGCCCCGCUGGGCCGACGUCUCUCCCGCAGGGGGCUGCUACAGCAGCACCCCCGUACCCAGCUCCCGCUACCCCCCCGCGGGAGAGCUGUACUCCCCCCUGGCCCCCCGGAGGAACUCUGAGUACGAGCACGUGCAGCACUUCCCCGGGUUCGCCUACAUCAACGGAGAGGCCACGGCCGGCUGGGCCAAGUGAUCAACGCGCCUUUCCGCCAACCCCCACCAGUCACUUACCGCCAACCCCCACCAGUCACUUUCC